GCCACUCUAUAAUCAAAUCCUUGCAGCAGUGAGAUUUAUGACAUAAAGAAAUCUGGAAAUGAAAACAGAUAAUAUAGUUAAUCAGAGUGAAAUGCCGGGUAAAAAAGCAAAUCUGGAUAUGCAUCAACAUCAAGCAGGUAGGGCAGAGUGGUUCAAAACUUCAAAUGGAAGCUUGUUGGAUCCCAUUUGGCUCCAAGAAUCCCGUGGCCACAGAAAUUCAUGGGGUCAAUUUUAUGAUCCAUAAAGACAACAUUCAAAUCCCUACAUACACACAGAUUUAGAAAAAGGACCUCAGCAAACAUAUUAUUAAAAGAAAAAGGAUUCCUCAUGCAGAAACUUUUGUAGUCUUUUUGGCAUAAAGUAUAAACUAACAAUAAAGUAGUCAUUUGCUUACAUAAAAUGAAGCUUCCAUACAUGUCCUGUGGUACUAAAUUACUGCUAACACCACUUUUUAUUAACUUUAAUACAAUAAAUGAAUGAUUGGUGAGAAAAAUUUGACAUUAUUUCACAUGUUGUUUUCAUUACUGAGUCAAUUUGUUGUAUAAAGUUGAGAUUCAAAGCAAGGAUUCAGAUAACUGGGUAGCAUACUUUGACUUUGCAACAAGUAAACCUAUUGAGCCCAGACCAGAUAGAAAUUCAGCAGCUAUGGCUUCUAUGACAAAAAAUUAGAGCCUUGGGGAAAAAACAUCUUACUACAGAAGAAUCAAUCAUUUGGAGAAGAACCCAGUUUAGAUUAUAGUCAGAAUCUUUGUCUUUGUUCUUUAGAUUGCAGCAGGGGCAUGAAAAGAUGGGGAAAACUGGUUGCACCAUAGAUGGUUCCCUUGAUGCUUCCAAGUUCAAUGAGCCGAUGCCAUGGAUUGGUGUUUAUAUUGCAGCAGCAUCUGCAGCUUGUGCAAUUGGCAUGGCCAUAGAUGCCUUUCACGGCAUACGUUACAGAAAGUUCUGGUUUCCUAGCAAGUUCUUCUCCCUCAAUGCAACAAGUCUUACUCUUCUGGCAGUGGCUACAAAACUAUCUGUUGAUUUGAACACAUCCAUGCCAAGGCCACAGGAUCAGCUGGCGAAACUAAGUAGCACGAUUUUGGUCUGCACGGUAAUGGCAAAUUUCAUGCCUUCUUUAGGAAUCAUGGAGAACAAAGAGCUUUUGGCUAACAUGGUGGCUUUGGGAAUUUUUGUCAUCACUGUCAUGGUGAACAUCUGUAUUGAAUUAGGUACGGGAGUUAUAUAUGUUUUCUGGAGAGAAUAUGCUGUGAAUCUUGCUAUCAUGCUUAUUUUGCUUGCUUUAAAGAUUUCUUCAGCUCUCACAAUUCCCACCACAAAGAAAUAUUUUGAAAUGAAGAGCAAGAAGAAGCUAAAACUGGCUAAGUUGGAAUGCAAUGACAAAUCUAAAAGAUGCCCAUCCCAAAAAUUACCUGAAAAAUUGAAAGAAGAUUUGACAAAAUACUGGAUGAUGGCACACACAUGUAACCCCCAAUUUGUGAUGGCACGCUUAGCAACAUGUAGUGCCUCAGGGGCAUUCUGCCUUAUUAGUACAGCUACUUUAGCAGAAGCCAUGAUCCGUUGUUUCUUCAUGCCCUCCCACUUCAAAUUUUGCGAAGGCAAUUCUGAUUACAAGUGGUCCACUACAUUGAUACUGAUAAUUCAAGCUAUAGCAAUUGGAAUAGGUACUGUGGCUCCAGCUUCAAGAUAUUUUGCAACCAUAAAUUUCAGGUGUCCCAAGAAAGCAAUGAAGGCCUGCAGGGACAAGUUUAAAAUGGAGAAAUACUGGACCGUCAUGUUCAUUCUAUUGAGAGAGAGCCCCCUAGAAUGGAGACUCUAUUCCAAGCAUGGAAGAAAGCUGGUGUAUACCGUUAAAGAUAAAGCCUUGGACUUGUGUGUCUAUUCUCAGAUUGGGGUGGUCUGGCUCAGCAAGCUAGUCCGGCUAAUUUCACUGAUGUUGAUAAUCAGAUUCCUUCUCGGCUAUCAGUCCUUUUUAAGGCUGAUCAGGUGGGUAAGAUCCGACAAUAGGUUCCAUGAACCAGAAUCAGACUCCCAGCAUAAUCCAAUGCAAGAACUUGGCCGUUUUGUAAUGAACCUCGAAGGGGAGGAAGAGUUUAUUGACAUGAUGAUGCAAAGGAAUUGUGAUGCUACAGGGCAUUGGAUCAGAAUGGGAAGAAAGGAUCAGCCAAAACAUGUAAUACGACUUUUAGAGAAGCUGUGCUCAUCAAGGGAGUUUGAGGGAGUGAACCGAUUCGACAGCGACCUGGUUCAUUCAUUAGAUUCUGACGAACCUCCCAACUGCUGGGCUCUUCCCGUGGUGACAUUAACAAGCAUCGCUGUUGCCCUUCCGAAUGUUGACCUGGAAUUGAAAAAGGAACUGAUACGCAGUGUACAUGAAGCACUGACAUACAUCAGGUUCAUAGAAAACAGCUUAGAUCCUAAGAAAGAAUUGACAAAUCUCAGGAAGGCAGCAGCUGCACUGUGGACAGGAAUUGAUCUCCACUACAAAUGGCUUGAUGUAGAUCUCCGCAAAAUCGCCCUCCAAAACAAAAUCCCAAAGGAAAUAUUUGAAGAGCUUGCAAAUGAAGCAAAGCAUCGGUACAAGGUGUUCCGGGAGAACGAUCCAUUAGCUUGUAUAAGAGAAAAUGCAGCUAACUGGCCAACCAAGGUCUUAAUUGCAAAUUCUAUGUACAGAAUUUGUCAGACUCUUUUGGUAAGUUCAAAAGGCAGAGAGUGGGAAAGCGGGAAGUUGGUGUUUGAUGAAUUGUCCACUAUGAUUGCAGAAAUCAUUGGGGCAUGCUUUACAAACUUGCAGUAUAUUAUCUCUGAGCAAAGCCAUCAAAGUUCCAUUGAAGAAAGGGAGGAUAGAACCCGGCAUUCCAUUCUUCUUCUGGGCAAAACAGAGAAGAUUCUGGAGAUUCUCGAGCAGCAAACGCUUCCAAGUUACAAGCCAGAUCAGUCACUGCACAUCGAUCAGUGGAGAUUGUUAAGCAGACGAAAAUCUCUUUUAGAAUCCAGUUCUUCUAUGACAGAUGACACAACUACUAGAAACUCCCCAGAUUUGUAUCUAAAUAUUGACUCAUAGGAUGCUUUUAACUUUUAUUUUUCAAUAUAAUACUACAAAAUUAUCAUCCACUAACUCUUUAUUUAACAAUCAAUAGUCAUUAUGAAUAUAUCCAAACUUUUUGUACUACAUAUAUCCAACGAGUAUCGUUUGGCAUGAAAUGAAAUCAAGA